UUGUGGCUGUCACCGCCAUGGCGGUGCCGGAGGUGUUGCGGCAGCUGAGCCGCCGAGCCUGGGAGCCCGCGCUGGCCCGGGCGCACCGCGCCGCCGUCCUCAUGGACGCGCCCUCCGCCGAGGCGCUGCACUGGGCCGGCGGGGCGGGCGAGCUGCUGGCGGCCGGGGCGCUGGCUGUCAGCGCGCUGUCCGCCGAGGCGGCGGUACCGGCGGGGGCGGCCUGCGUCGUGUUCGUGGUGAGCGGGACGCUGCGGGGCGGCGCGGCGGCCGCGGUGCGCGGCGUGCUGGAGCGGGGCGCGGUGCGGCACUGCGUGCUGGUGUGCGGCGACGAGGCGGACGGUGGCGGGGCGGCCGAGCUGGAGGAGACCUUGCGGCGGUGGAUGGGCGAGGGCAGCUGCGCCGAGGUGGUGCUGCGGGGCCCGCCGCUCCUGGCGCCCGUCUCGGCGGAGCUCUGCCUGCUGCCCGCCCUGGCAGCGCUCCUCCCGCCGCUGCCCGGCCCCGGCGGCCCCGGCCCCGCAGAGGUCGGGCUGGGUGCGCUGCCCGCCGAGCUGCGGGCGGCGGUGCGAGCCCUGGUGGGUGAGCUCGACUCUCUGUUCACCGCCCUGGGCCUGCGGGAGGAGAGCUUCGCUGUGGGCGCCCUUAGCAGGGUGGUCGCCGCUGAGCUGGCAAGCUACGCCUCAGCCAGAAACAGGAGGAGGACAGCCACCAGCAAGGCCUCUGUCAUCUUCGUGGAUAGGACGUUGGACCUCGCUGGAGCAGUUGGUCAUCAUGGUGACAAUCUUGCAGAGAAGAUUCUUUCUGUGCUUCCUAAACUUCCUGGCCACAAGACUGAUGUAAUGGUUAACAUGGUGGAACUCACAGCACUGCAGACUACAGAUGAAACUUGCAGUAUUAUAGCACCUGGCUGCUUAGCCCAACCAAAUGAUCCAGCUGCCAAAGCUCUCUGGGAAUCCUUCAUGAACCUCAAACAAAAGGAAGCUGUGAUGGAGGCCAGGAGACACCUUGUGGAGGCUGCAAGCAGAGAAAAUUUACCUAUUAAGAUGAGCAUGGGCAGAGUCACCCCUGAACAGCUCAGCUCAUACAUACAGCUUUUCCGAAACAAUCUCAAAGCUUUGGAGAACCACUGUGGUCUUCUACAGCUUGUGCUGGCCACAGUCCAGACUUUGAAACACCCCCAGACUUCCAAAUGGGACAAUUUCCUUGCCUUUGAGCGAUUACUUCUGCAGACUAUUGGCGAGUCAGAAAUGCCCAGUGUUUUGAAUCAGUUAUUGCCAAUGAUCAAGUCUUACAAUGAAAGGACAAAAGAUGAUUAUGCCUGUGAGGACUUCCUUGUUUUGCUGAUAUACAUAUAUUCUGUGGUUGGAGAAAUCAAAUGUGGAAAAGAGCUUGACACAGCUGAAGAAAAGGUGAAAAGGGCCCUUGUCAAGGCAAUUUGUGAUGAACCAGAGCCAUCUCCUUUGUUGCAGAAAAUUACAGGCUGUGACUCGUCACUGAACCUGACAUCUCAGAAAGCCACAGAUGCCAUGGACAGUGUGUUCCUGUCCCUCAGGGAUAUUGCCAGGGUCAGAAUGCACAUGAAACAGUUCCAUUCCAUACAUAAUCCAGGCAGCAACACCCACCAGGCUUCUUACAAACCUCUGCUGAAACAGGUACUGGAAGAGGUCUGUAAUCCCGAUCGGCCCGAUCCUGUUGAUAUUGAGCACAUUUCAUCAGGCCUCACUGAUCUCCUUAAAACGGGAUUCAGCAUGUUCAUGAAGGUGAAUCGCCCUCACCCUGGUGAUCAUCCUCUUCUGAUCAUCUUUAUGGUUGGAGGAGUGGCAGUCUCCGAGGUGAAAAUGCUGAAGGAUUUGGUAGCAUCACGCAAACCUGGUACCCAGGUAAUUGUGCUCUCCUCUGUACUCCUGACACCACACAGAGCUGUUGAGCUGCUGUUUGCCUCAGACCGUCUCCAGCCUGACGCUCGUAUCUGAUGGGGGAGGCUGUGGAAAAGAUGAGUGCCUUGCCUGGAAACGUCAAAUCCCUGCUCUGUCACUCUUCUCAACAGCCUUUCAAAAACUGAUGUGUCAACUGCUGCAAUUACAGCUCCAGGUGUACAGCUGGGUAUCUGGCUGCAAGGGAACACCUGCAACUCAUGGGCAGCUCUUCAAAAUGGUCCAACAACAAACCUCCCCUCCUUGACGAUAGCACUGCACAGUGCUGAAUCACUUCCAGCCUCACUCAGCAUGGUGAGGGUGAUUGUUUGUAAUAAAUCCCUAGCAAAGGAGCACAGGUGAUGCACAA